ACGUAUACAAAACACGCAUACAAUACACGCACAUAAAGCAUCAACAGAAAACGAAUUACUGAUAGAAUCACUCAUUUCGUACAUUCCGGAGACCACUUCAAGAGAAGACACAAAGAAAAACACGACAAUGUCGAUAAAUAAUAGGAAAUCAAACAUUACCACGAAUUCAAAUUACAUUAAUUUUGCUUUUGUUUAAUAGUGAAUUCGCGCAAAUUUUAACACAGUGCACCGAUGGAAUGGAGACUGACGGAAUUCUUUUCCGUCGCUUCGGCUUUAAUACGAUGUUGUACGAGAUAACCUCCGAUAUUGGUGAACCGCAUAUCAAGUUUUAGCGCUGUGUAUAAAUACCGUAUAUCGCGAUGUCGGCGACAGUUCAUAACUAGAGAAGCGCAAGCUUUUAAUCGUAUAUCGGAGACCAUCAUCGCGAAAAAGAAAGUGAUUACCGAAUCGAAACAUGAAGCAAACGCUCUUAUUUUUCUUCACGCUCAUUGUUGCCGUAAAUGUAUGGGUAAUGUGUAAAUGUGCAUAAAACACGAACGAAAUUCAGACUCUGCUUUAUCAACCGUAAUGCCAGUCGCAUUACACACGCAUUCGAUAACACACGCAUCACUUGCCGCAGAAGUUAUGCACGGUAAUUCAGCAAAUUGCAUUUUUAAUGAAUUUAAAAAUGUCCAGUAGGCGGCUGCCAGAUUGGCAAAAAAGUGCUUAACUUCAACUGUUACGAAUAUCACGCCAAUCACAAGUGUCAAUAGUAUAAAGGAAAUACAACUGAGGUUCCUGAUUAGUGUAUUUAUAACAAUUGAGUUCAAAUUAACUUUGUUGAUAACAAUCAACAAAGUUGAGUUAAUUUUUGUGACGUCGUUACGUUGCAUUUGCUAGUGACUAAUUUACUAAUAGACAAUGAGCUUCGAAGAUAUUGCGGAAAGGAUAGCGAGUACUCUAGAAGUGAUGAGAGAAGAAGUGCAGACAUGCUUCCACAAAACAAAUGCAACACUUGAAGAUCUAAUGAGAGUUGACGAGUUAAUUUACGAAAACAGGUUGCAGAUUAUAGACUUCGAUGCCUCAGCUUUAAAGGCGGGCUGUUUUUUCGCCUGCUUAUGCCAAAAAAAAGGAGUAAUGACGGGUGCGCGUGUAAAUAUGGACCACAUAAAGAAAAUGAUACACUCCAACAAAGCUAGACCUAAUCAACUCGCCAAAGUAUUUCAAAUACUUGAUUUUUGUGCUAAUCAAGUUAGAAGCAAAACCAACGAGUGUGAAGUGAGCCUCAAAUACAUAUUGUGUGUUGUGAAUAAAAUGAUACCUAUGGACAGUAAUAACAAUAACGAUGAGUAAAUAACAAAUAUAGUAAUUAUAUUAGAAGCCAUGUUAUUAUGUUAUUAUUAUUAUCAUAUAUAUAUAUAUAUAUAUAUAUAUAUAUAUAUAUAUAUAUAUAUAUAUA